AUGAAUAAGAACCAGAAGUUACAUUCCAGGGACAAACAAAUAAGCAAACCACGGAUGAAAACCAUUCCGAAGAGACAAGAGUCUUUCCAUCGCAACCCUCCAAACCCAUAUAAACCCCGCCCCAUGAUCCCUAAACAGAUUAUUUACUUCCUCCGAAAAGCGGACAUCACAAUGACGACGCCCAUCCCUGUUGGUCUAGACAUACCAGUCGACUGUCACAAAACAAUAGCCAAUGUUAGUGGCACCCCUGAUUCAUAA